GGGGAAAAGUUGGACGUGACUUACGGAUGUAAUACACUGGCAAGGUAUUAAGUUCCUGCUUAUAAUGCAUUCAAAUAGGGAUGCAAAAUUGAUGUCCGGCAAUUUCAGUCGUCUGAGGACUUCUGAAUUGCGGCAACUUCUGAAUGAUGAUCAGAAAAUGAGCCGUAUAAUUCGAUUAAGUAAGAAGUUUCAGGGACUUCAGUUGACAAAAGAAGACAUAUUUGUGUCAAACUGUAGACUGGCAGAAAUUAAUCUUUCUCAUCAGCCAACACUCAGAAAUGGAAAACUUAAAUUAGCCAACAAGCAUCAGGAGAUGGAAAAACUGAUCAUCAGCGUUCAAGCCAAACAAGACCAACUUUCCUUGUUAGAAGGUCACAUGCUCAAGAUGGCUCACGGGCUGCUCCUUAAAAAGAUAGAACAGAACGACGAACAUGGUGAGGUUUUCUUUCAGAAAUUUGUGGAGGGGAGAAUGUCCGUGGAGAAGUUCUUAGGGCGCUUUCAGAACUCCAGAUGUCUGCAUCACAUCCGACUGGUUCAGGCAGUGAAGACCCAGGACAUCUUGGAACCUACACCAAAGGAACACCAGAUAUCUACUGAGACUCACAAUAGUGAGCGUUUUCCUCUGGUCUACCCCUAUAACCCACCUGACACCUGUCGUGUUCACUACAGCCUCACAGUGCUCAACUUCUACAGCCUAGGGCCUUGGAUUUUCACCAAACAUCCCAACAUGUACGCCCUCGAGUUCAUGAACAGACGCCUAGGUGGCCAGCGAGACCUGCCCGUCUACAAAAACUCAACUUACCAACAAGACAUCAGCAGCAGAAACCACGUCAGGAGGAACUGUCUUGAAUCAACUGUGUUUAAGUGCAGUGGGUCACAGGGUGAACUUGAACUCCUCACACCACCUGAUAUCUCAGAUCGGCUGUCCAUAGAGCCUCCUGCCAAGUGUAACCAUGGACCAUGA